AUGAAUACCGGCCAUAAGUAUUCAAUAAUUGUGAGAUUGGGCAUAAUAUUAGUUCUUCUAUUUGACUUCAAUAUUGAUUUGUCGUUCCCAAAAGUAAGAAAGGAAUCAUAUAGUACUCCAAAGAAGAACUUACUUCUCCGGACCACAAAAGAACACUCGGCAAAUAGUUUGAUUACUGUGGGAUUGGAAUUAAUUCUCCUAUUUGACUUCAAUACUAUUCGUUCCUACGAAGGAAACUAUAUAAUACUCCAAAGAAAAAUUUACUUUUCCGGACCGCAUACAAAAACCACUCCCGAUAGCUUGAUUACUGUGGGAUUGAAAAUAUUAAUUCUUCUAUUUGACUUCAAUACUGUCCGUUCCUACGAAGGAAACCAUAUAAUACCCCAAAGAAAAAUUUACUUUUCCGGACCGCAUACAAAAACCACUCCCGGCAAGUAUAAUGUUAUAUUUAUGUAUAUAGUGUUGGUUAAUCUGCAAGAGUAAUAUUUAUUUUUGUGUAUAUAUAUUAUUUAGAUAUAUUAUUAUAUAUCUUUGUAAUUAAUUGUUAUCGUCUUAUUUUUUAUUUAUUGGUAUUUAUAAGUACAUUGAUUGCAGCUAUUCGAAUCCUUGUUUUUUUAUUCAAUUUCAUUUGGCUCGAAUAAUUACCAUACAGUUUGGUGACACUUCGUUAAAUAACUGGGAUAAUUUUAAUUCAUGUGCAUACAAAAUCUUUUAGCUUUGCUCUUUUAAAUUCCGUUGAAUAUUACGUCGAUUUCUA